AAGAUAACGAAUGUCUUAUCCACUCAUUCGCUGUUUUUUCAUUUCAAUGCAGAUAACAAUUUUCACAUCAGAUUCGUCGUAGAUUUCAUAUUGUGCUUUAUUAAGCAGUGCAACUAAUAUUUUAAGUAGACAAAGUUACCAUCGACAGUCUGUAGACAACAGUCAACUGUAAAAGUUGUUAGAGUUAUUGGGAUUGUGUUGCCAGUACCUGUGAUUUCGUUAUUUGUUACUCUUAAUCCGUAAUUCGUAAUUGUGCGCAUUUGGCUACUAAAAAUCUACAAAAAUGGCAAAAACUCGAGUUUAUGUUGUUGGUGUUGGAAUGACAAAGUUUGAGAAGCCCGGCCGUCGGGCUGACGUUUGUUACCCAGACAUGGCUAAAGAAGCAGUUACAAAGGCUUUGCAAGAUGCUAAAAUUAACUAUUCAGAGGUACAACAGGCCACCGUUGGCUACGUAUAUGGUGACUCGACAAGUGGACAACGUGCAUUGUACGAAGUUGGCAUGACUGGUAUUCCAGUCUACAAUGUUAACAAUAAUUGCUCUACAGGAUCAAGCGCAAUAUUUUUAGCAAAACAAAUAAUUGAAUCCGGCAAUGCUGACUGUGUGUUAGCACUUGGUUUUGAAAAAAUGGAACGUGGUUCUCUAUCAGCCAAAUAUUUCGAUCGUGCUAAUCCCAUGGAGCGUCAUAUUACCGAAAUGGGUGAAUUAGCCGAAAUAUCUUCCUCUCCCAUGGCCGCACAAAUAUUUGGAAAUGCAGGCAAGGAGCACAUGAAAAAAUAUGGCACGAAACCAGAACAUUUCGGCAAGAUUGCAUGGAAGAAUCACAAACACUCAGUUAAUAAUCCAUAUUCUCAAUUCCGUGAUGAAUACACAUUUGAACAAAUUAUGAAAUCCCCACAAGUGGUUGAAGGUGUUCUGACUAAAUUGCAAUGUUGUCCAACUUCUGAUGGCUCUGGUGCAGCUAUUUUGGCUUCAGAGCAAUUUGUUCGUCGGCAUGGACUCGAAUCACAAGCCGUAGAGAUCGUUGGAAUGGAAAUGGCUACCGAUCCAGAAUCAACAUUUAGCGAUAAGAGCCUUAUGAAGAUUGCUGGUUAUGAUAUGACACGUCUGGCUGCAUCUCGUCUUUUUGCAAAGACUGGUUUUAAACCACAAGAUGUAAACGUUGUGGAACUGCACGACUGUUUCUCAGCGAAUGAGCUUAUCACUUAUGAAGCGUUAGGCUUAUGCGAAGAAGGUAAAGCAGGCGAAUUCAUUGAUCGAGGCGAUAACACUUAUGGUGGAAAAUAUGUGGUCAAUCCCAGUGGCGGUUUGAUAUCAAAAGGACAUCCAUUAGGCGCUACUGGUUUAGCUCAAUGUGCUGAACUAUGUUGGCAAUUACGCGGUUUGGCUGAGAAACGUCAAGUAGCAAAUUGUAAAUUGGCGUUGCAACAUAAUUUGGGAUUAGGAGGAGCUGUUGUAAUUGGAUUGUAUCGUUUGGGAUUCCCUGCUGCAGCUGGAGUUAAAUACAAUUUGACAAGUGCUUCUGCCACAAGCCCAGAUGGUUUCAAAGUAACUCCACUGCUCAAAUUACUUGAGACCGCCAUGCAAGAAGAUCAAGACAAUCUUAUAGAAAAAGUCCGUGCAAUAUAUGGUUUUAAAGUAACAAAUGGACCGAAGGGCCAAACAGGCUUUUGGGUUAUUGAUGCCAAAGAAGGCAAAGGCAAAAUAACUUUCAAUGGCAAAGAAAAAUGUGAUAUUACAUUCAUAGUAAGUGACGAAGAUGUUACCGAAUUAAUCAGCGGAAAAUUGCCUCCACAAAAAGCAUUUUUCCAAGGCAAAGUAAAGGUGCAGGGCAAUAUGGGCAUAGCUAUGAAACUCAUGGACUUGCAGCGGUCGGUACAAGGACGUAUUGAAACAUUACGAGCAAAAUUAUAAUUCCAAACAUAGCAUAUUGCUUUUUUUAUGACAUACUUAUGAAUAUAUAUUUAUUUAUAUAUGUACUUAUUGGGUAUGGGAUUUCCACGUUAAAUGGCAAAGAUACAAGCAACAAAUAAAUAUGUGCAUACAUUUCUAUAUUUUUCCUUAUAUACAAACAUACUAUUUUAACGUUUUUAUGACAAUUAUUUUAUAAUAAACUAUUUGACCGCAUAUUUAACGGUUUUUACAUUUUCCUUUCCUACUAUCAGGAUUUCAUAUUUAAAUAAUUUAUCUUAAUCUAAUAUAACUGUGUUCACAAAUAAUAACUGCGAUACAUAAUUGUAUUUACAAAUGAGAUUAUGUCAAAUACUAUAUGUAUACAUAAAUUUUCAUAUAUUUAUCAUUUUAAAUAGCCUACGACAGCUUUCCUUCCAUUUAUCGCAAAUGUCCUUACAAAUUGAUUAUUAUGAUCGAAACACAGAAGCUCCACAUUGAGAUAUAUGGCAAGCAUACAUAGACCAAUAUAUAUACGGACAAAUAUAGCAUCCUAUAUUUACAUAUAUAUGUUCAUUCCUUUUCUUGUGCAGCUUUCUCUUUCGCAGUUUUUCGUCUCGAUGAUGUAUGUAUUUGAUUUAAUUUUCAUCAAAUAUUACAUAAAUUAUAUAAGAAUUCAAUAUUUAAAGAAAAUAUACUUAAAAAUAGAUUUGUUUAAUUAUUUAGCAAUGUCUUAGAGGAACUUUUUUGCACAAUUCUGUUUUCGUAAACAAUAUUAAUAAUGCAAGCCCAGACUGAAGCAAAGCAAAUGAACUUAAUAAGAACAAAAUAAGAAAAACUUAGUAUUCUGGAAUCGAAAUUAAGGAAUAUAUCUUCAAUACUCGAUAGUCUGGUGUAAAAAAAAUCUGUUUAUUCUGCAAGGUGCUCAGUGCACUCUGUAUACGAAUACAUUUUAAUGCAAAGCUCACAUAUUUGUUCUUUACAAUGCAAUUUUGAGGUUGAAUUAACUCACUUCUAGUAAUAAAUAUAUAUAAAGAAAAUAUCAAGCCCUGAGCACUGCAUUAGCCUCUAUUAAAGACAUAUAAGCAGGGUAAUAAAGAUAGUUCGAGGGCAAACUAUAAAAUUGCCUUACGGUCAUCUAGGUGGGUGUAUGGAUGAGUUAUCGUCCCAGUACAACACUGUAACAUUUUGAGUUUAUAAUUAAUUCCACACGUAGGAAUCUUGAGCCAAAUCUUAUUUCGAACUGUUUCUUAUAAAAAGAAAAAUAGAUUUUUCAAUUGUAUAUUAAAAUAUAUAAACA